CAAAUUUGAAAGGAGGCAGACAAAAAUAUAUUGUUUUGAUUCAUCUUCCAAUAGGGGCAGCUAAAGGUCAGCCAUUGUUGAACCAAUUGGGGAAGUUCCCCUCCGAUUCUUCUCCUUCGUUGUCAUGGUUGAAGACCAUCAACAUUAGGGUUUCGCCAUAAAAACAGUACUCAGCUACUUUACUUCUUAAGAAAUGGCGUGAGAAGCAACAUUGAUAAUUGUGUCCAAAUAUGAAAUACCUCCACUACUUGCAGUGGAUAGCUUUAUAGAACAGGAUCAAUUUCAUCAUCACUAUUUUAAAACUAAAAUCGUUUUGUACGUUUUUCUUUCCCAAAUUUAAAAUGGGCGAUUCUUGUUCGAGCUUGCUGGAUCUGAUUCCGUUGUCUGUGAAUUGAGACCUCUUGAUAGGAACUAUUCGACUGCCUUUUUCGGCAAGGCUCUGCUUUCUCUGUCCUUUGCUUCAAUCUCAGUCUAUUCUAUUCGGCGCCCUUUAGCUUCCAUGAUUUAGAGAUAACGAGUAUUAGAAGCGAGAAGAGAAAGCUGAGUGUUGAGCUUCAAUGGAGGAGGCUGCUAUCGACUUUCUUCUGGUGCCUUUAGGUCUCUGUUUGUUGGUGGUUUAUCACUUAUGGUUGGUUCUUACCAUUUAUCGGAAUCCCAGACGGACGGUCAUUGGUCUCAACGCCGAGUCCCGCCGCCAAUGGGUGUUUUGCGUGAUGACUGAUCCAUUGAAGAAUGGUGUUUUAGCCGUUCAGACAAUACGAAACAACAUAAUGGCAUCUACACUUUUAGCAACAACAGCAAUAACUCUCAGUUCGUUAAUUGGUGUUUUUGUGAGCAGCUCAUCAGACAUGAGUAAUGCAAAACUGCAUCUAAUUUAUGGCAACAAGUCUGCCCUUUGUACUUCAAUCAAGUACUUCUCAAUCUUGUUGUGCUUCCUUGUUGCUUUUCUAUGUAAUGUGCAGUCAAUAAGAUACUAUGCUCAUGUAAGUUUCUUGGUCACUGUUCCUACAUGGAGAGAUCAGAAAGAGUCUAUUCAGUACGUUGCCAGAAACUUGAAUCGAGGCAGCCACUUCUGGUCCGUUGGAUUGCGAGCAUUUUACUUCUCAUUCCCUCUCUUUCUAUGGAUUUUUGGGCCAAUUCCUAUGUUUGCUUGUUGCUGUAUAAUGUUAUGUAUUCUUUAUUUUUUGGACACAACGACUAGUUUUACACGGCAACUUCACACCCGAUCACUGAAGGAUGACCAGCAAGUCGAUCUGGAAUCACCUCGUCAAGCAUUGUAAGUACUGUUGAAGUCUCGUAAUACCCUUGAUCCAAACCUAUAUCCAACAUAGUCUAAUAUAUAGUCAUUAAAUAUGUUUGCUUCAGCUGAAUUCCUGAUUGCUAAAAGACUCUAUAGAUUAACUUGUCUAUAUAAUUACAACUUUGGAAGAAGUGCCAAUAAAUGAAUGGCUGGUUUUAUUCUCCAAAUUGGAAUGUAAUGUAUUUGAAUGCAUUUUUUCUCAACGUUUCUAAUUCAAGUUGCACUUAGUCUUGUUUGUAUCAUUCAUUUUCCCCUGUAGUAAAACAUUAUUAGCUCUUUCCUCUGCUAUCACACCUUUCAUCAUCAAUCGGAGGAGGCUCAUUGCCUUCUACGACGUUCCUGUAUGCCCAAACUUAAUAAAUUUGGAAUCUACCUUUCAAGUCAUGCACUAAUUUUGUAAAUCUUAAAUCCAUCUAACGAUACGAAUGAACUUCCACACCUUAAUUAACACAAAGUCAAAUUCACUAAUAACCUCUUGAACCUUUUUCCAACAUACAAAAUGAAUAUUAUUCAUGUACGGUUGAUGACUCAGAAGAGAGUCGUCAUAUCUUUAUCGUGCUUCCAUUACAGGUAAGCUAUGGCUGUAAUUUGGUGACAUUUUGUCCCAUUGAAUUCUGGUUUAUAUUGUAGUAGACAUUCAAUAAUGGCCAAGAUUAAUUUGUACAGAACAGUAACAUCUGCUUUUCUUUGUCAAAGCACAAAGACAAAGAGAGAGACAAAGAGAGAGACGCCAGGUAAGCUGAAAAUAACACAACAGAAUGUGUUUUGUUUGUGAUUUAAAGGACAUAACUGGGUGAGUAACACAGUGAAAUGAUGAAAUGUGUGGAAGUCAAUUUGGAUGCUUUUCCCUUUUCUUUUAUUGGAGUUCAGAAAUACCUGUUGAAUUCUCUCUCAUUUUCCAUUUCCAUAAAGUUUACCCAACUGCCUAAUAUGGCCAAAUGCAGCCAUCCAGGUUUUGUGGUUGACAACAGUGUGCCACAGUGCACUGCAGCCAGCUUUGGCAGGGCCAAUAAGAUGGCGUUGACACACCCCUGUGGAGGGAGCCAAAUUGUCAAGCUUUUUUAUUCAUCUUUUUCUCCUGAAUCAAACACAUUCUCUGUGAUUCUGACUCGACAAAGUCCAUUUAGAGCUGUCGCUCUUAUCAUCAUCAUCAUCAUCUUCAAGGUAUUUUCAUGGAGUGGCCCAAGUUCUUGAAUAUAUUGUAUUGCAUGCUAGGUAUAAUAGUAAUUUGUGCUAGUUGGUAGUACUGGAACUCUGAUAUUGAGGGUUGUUUUUGUGGUGUUUGCCUAGAUAGUGGAGCACUUAUUGUUUUUGGGUUAAAUAUGGGAAACUCAAAUGAGAACUUUUGGGUAAAACCAUUUGCCAUUUUUGCAAGAUGUGUCAUUGUGGUUUAACUGGCAUUUAUGGUAGAUUUUCAAGGGUUUUGCCAAUUGAAAAUUAAGAUGGUGUCUUAAUGUUGCACACCAUGUAGCAUGAACUGAUCAAUUGUAAAAA